AUGGUUCAAAACAAGCAAACACCUUUCGCCGUCGAUUUGCCACAAACCGGCGAUUCCAAGUGCUACGACGACGAUGGUCGUACCAAACGAACUGGGAGUGUAUGGACGGCGAGUGCGCACAUAAUAACGGCGGUGAUAGGCUCCGGAGUUUUAUCACUGGCAUGGGCUACGGCGCAGCUAGGUUGGCUCGCCGGACCGGUGGUGAUGUUACUCUUCUCCGUCGUCACUUACUUCACUUCAACACUCCUCGCCGCUUGUUACCGCUCCGGCGACCCUAUCUCCGGCAAGAGGAACUACACUUACAUGGACGCCGUCCGAUCAAAUCUCGGUGGCGUGAAGGUGAAGUUAUGUGGGAUUGUUCAGUAUUUGAAUCUCUUUGGUGUUGCAAUUGGUUACACUAUUGCUUCAGCUAUUAGCAUGAUGGCAAUUAAGAGAUCGAAUUGUUUUCACAAGAGUGGAGGGAAAGAUCCAUGUCACAUGAACAGUAAUCCUUACAUGAUUGCUUUUGGAUUAGUCCAAAUUAUAUUCUCUCAGAUUCCAGAUUUUGAUCAGCUUUGGUGGCUCUCUAUCGUCGCCGCCGUAAUGUCCUUCACUUAUUCCUCCGCCGGUCUUGCUCUCGGCAUCGCCCAAGUCGUAGCUAAUGGGAAGGUGAAGGGAAGUCUCACUGGGAUUAGCAUAGGAGCAGUGACAGAGACACAAAAGAUAUGGAGAAGUUUUCAAGCUCUUGGAGACAUUGCUUUUGCUUACUCUUACUCUAUCAUUCUCAUAGAGAUUCAGGACACAGUGAAGUCACCACCAUCAGAAGAGAAAACGAUGAAGAAAGCGACGCUUGUGAGUGUCGGUGUAACGACUAUGUUCUACAUGUUGUGUGGUUGUAUGGGAUAUGCAGCUUUUGGAGACAUGUCUCCUGGAAAUCUCUUGACCGGUUUCGGGUUUUAUAAUCCUUAUUGGCUACUUGACAUUGCAAAUGCAGCCAUUGUGGUUCACCUUAUUGGUGCAUACCAAGUUUAUUGCCAACCUUUAUUUGCUUUUAUCGAGAAACAAGCUUCGAUUCGAUUCCCUGAUAGUGAGUUCAUUGCUAAAGAUAUCAAAAUCCCCAUUCCGGGUUUGAAGCCUUUCCGUUUAAAUUUCUUCAGGUUGAUAUGGAGGACAGUUUUUGUGAUCAUAACAACAGUUAUCUCAAUGCUUCUUCCGUUCUUCAACGACGUUGUGGGACUGCUUGGAGCACUCGGGUUUUGGCCAUUGACGGUGUAUUUUCCCGUGGAAAUGUACAUUGCGCAGAAGAAGAUACCUAGAUGGAGCACCAGAUGGGUUUGCCUUCAAGUCUUUAGCUUAGCUUGUUUGGUAGUUAGCAUUGCUGCAGCUGCAGGAUCGAUAGCUGGAGUUGUUCUCGAUCUCAAGUCCUACAAGCCAUUUCGAAGCGAUUACUGA